AUGGAUGAGCUGGUUCAUGACUUAGCCUCAGCCUUGGAGCAGACGUCUGAGCAGAAUAAGCUUGGUGAGCUCUGGGAGGAGAUGGCUCUGAGCCCGCGGCAGCAGAGGCGGCAGCUUCGCAAACGGAGAGGCCGGAAGCGCCGUUCAGACUUCACUCACCUGGCAGAGCAUACCUGCUGCUACAGUGAGGCCUCCGAGUCCAGUCUGGAUGAGGCUCUCAAGGACUGUCGAGAAAUGGCCCCUGUCACCAAUUUCAGUGACUCUGAUGACACGAUGGUAGCCAAACGGCACCCAGCUCUCAACGCCAUUGUUAAGAGUAAGCAGCAUUCUUGGCAUGAAUCUGACUCCUUUACUGAAAAUGCACCCUGUCGACCGCUCAGGCGCCGGCGGAAGGUGAAGCGAGUGACGUCAGAGGUGGCUGCCAGCCUUCAGCAGAAGCUCAAAGUGUCAGAUUGGAGCUAUGAGAGAGGCUGCAGGUUCAAGUCGGCCAAGAAGCAGCGUCUGUCCCGCUGGAAGGAGAAUACUCCCUGGACCUCAUCAGGUCACGGGUUGUGUGAAUCAGCAGAAAACAGGACUUUCCUAAGCAAAACGGGAAGGAAAGAAAGGAUGGAGUGUGAAGCAGAUGAACAAAAACAGGGCUCUGAUGAGAACAUGUCAGAAUGUGAAACCAGCAGUGUGUGUAGCAGCAGUGACACGGGGCUCUUUACCAACGAUGAAGGCCGGCAAGGGGACGAUGAGCAGAGUGAUUGGUUCUAUGAAGGAGAAUGCGUCCCAGGAUUCACUGUCCCUAAUCUGCUGCCCAACUGGGCUCCUGACCACUGCUCUGAAGUAGAGAGAAUGGAUUCUGGACUGGAUAAACUUUCCGAUUCCACAUUCCUUUUACCUUCUCGACCAGCUCAAAGAGGGUACCAUGCUCGCUUUAAUCGUCUGCCUGGAGCUGCAGCUCGAUGCCUCAGAAAAGGGCGAAGAAGGCUUGUGGGGAAGGAGUCCAGCAUAAGUAAUCUGGGUACUGAGAGGAUAGGCCACCUCAUUAGUGACCCUCGUCAGAAAGAAAAGAAUAAAGCCUUGGCUUCCGAUUUUCCUCACAUUUCUGCUUGUGCACAUGAGUUUAAUCCUCUCUCUCCCCUUUACUCCCUGGAUGUUCUUGCUGAUGCUUCUCACCGAAGAUGUUCACCAGCACACUGCUCUGCCAGGCAGGCAAACAUACACCUGGGGCCCCCAUGUUCACGUGACAUCAAGAGGAAACGGAAACCUGUGGCCACAGCGUCUCUGUCCAGCCCAAAUGCCGCUCACAUGGAUGCAGUGGAGUCAGCCACACCAGUGUCACAGGCACCCAGACCUCCAGACUCUGCGUGGCUGGUGAGGACCUCUGCCACAGAGAAAGCCACUGACUCAGCUGCAGCUACGUUUUUUAAAAUGCCACAGGAAAAGAGCCCUGGAUACAGCUAG